CAUAUAAAAUGUUUUAAUUUCAUUGUAUAUCUUAUCAUUGAUUUGUAAAAAAAAAUAAAAAAAUGUAUAGAAAGUAAUACCAAGGCCUAGCGCCAUAUAUUUGCUAGUUUCAUCAUAUCAAAAUAUCUACAGUAAUAGGUGGUAGUUGAAGUCAUUACAUUUUUAGUUGUGAUGGUAAAAGUAGUAGAAGUUCUGACCUCGAAAAAAAAGUAUGAGCAUCUGUGAGUCCAGUGUAGAUUAUCACAAUAACCGGAUUCGCGUGAUUCGACUGUUAGACCGCGUCGUGUUCGAACUUCAAUUGUAUAAUUACAAUGUUUAUUCUCCAAAAAUGUUGGAUGAUCGCGAUAUUCCAUUUAUUGUUGACCACACGGUCUGGGCAUGGUAUGGCGUUUACAGUAUUCACAGCUGUAAUGCAAUAUUAUAAAAAUAUCGCCCCUGGUCCAAUUGAUGCUGUGCCAGAUACCACGCAUAUAAAAAAACAAUAUGAUUUCAUUGUAGUAGGUGCAGGUUCCGGAGGAUCGGUAGUUGCCAAUCGCUUGACUGAAAUUCCAGAUUGGACUGUUUUAUUACUGGAAGCAGGUGGUGAGGAAAAUGUUAUGUCUGAUAUACCUUUAUUAGUUAGCUACUUACUCGACAUCGGAUAUGAUUGGGGCUAUAGGACGGAGAGACAGCCUGGCAUAUGUGGUGCUAUGAAGGAUCGUCGGUGUCGAUGGCCACGCGGUAAAGCGAUGGGUGGUUCUAGUGUCAUUAAUUACAUGAUGUACACUCGAGGUGUACCUGAAGACUAUGACAAUUGGGUCAAGCUGGGAAAUCAAGGAUGGAGUUACGCAGACGUUCUACCUUACUUCAAGAAAUCUGAAGACGUUGGAAUGGGGAAUCCGUUAUCAUUGUCUCCGUAUCACGGUAUUGGUGGCUAUUUGAAAGUUCAAGAACCCAAAUGGAGAACCACACUUGCUCCAGUUUUUUUAAAAGCUGGUCAAGAGUUAGGAUAUUCUUUAACGGAUGACUACAAUGGACAGCAGCCGUUAGGUUUCUCUUAUGUGCAAUCCAAUACAGAUUUUGGUAGAAGGUGUAGUGCAUCAAAAUCAUUCUUACGGCCAAUCAGACAACGCCAUAACUUGUCCAUCACUAAAAAAUCUUUUGUGACCAAAAUUUUGAUAGAUCCUAUAACCAAAAGAGCCUACGGCAUUAAGUUUGUCAAGAAUGGUCGCACGAUUACUGUGUUAGCACGUAAAGAAGUUAUAAUUUGUGGAGGAACAAUUAAUACUCCUCAAUUGUUAAUGUUAUCUGGAAUCGGACCAGCCGAUCACUUAAAAGAAAUAGGGAUUCCACUUAUUGAAGAUUUAAAAGUGGGCUUCAAUCUACAGGAUCAUGCAUCUAUGGCGGGCUUAGUGUUUUUGGUUAACCAAUCUGUCACUAUUGUUGAGAGUAGAUAUCGACAUCCUAAAUAUUUAUUGCAAUACACAUUUAAAGGAGAAGGGCCAUAUACAAUUCCAGGAGGUGCUGAAGCUGUAGCAUUUACAGUCACAAAAUAUGCUAAAAAUAGUACAUUGGUACCUGACAUGGAACUUGUGUUUGCACCUGGAGCGCUUACAGGUGACACUGGUGGUUCACUUCAAAGAUUGUUGGGAAUAGAUGAUUUAUUUUAUGAGCAAGCUUAUGGUCAUUACAGAGGACAAGAUGCCUGGGGACUAGUUCCAAUAUUGCUUCGUCCAAAUAGCCGAGGUCGAAUUAAGUUGCGUUCCGCUAAUCCCUUUCAGUUUCCAUUAUUAUAUGCCAAUUACUUUACAGAUCCACAAGAUCGAAGAGUCUUAAUUGAAGGCAUUAAACAGGCUAUUGCUGUGAGCGAAACCAAAGCUUUUCAAAAAUACGGUUCUAAAUUGUUGCCAGUACCAUUCCCAGGUUGUGAACAUGAACCUUUCGGGUCAGAUGCUUACUGGUGGUGCACAACUAGCAUGGUGUCUACCAACUUACAUCAUCAAGUUGGGACGUGUAAAAUGGGGCCUGACUCUGAUCCAGACGCGGUUGUGGAUCCCAAGUUACGCGUUCGAGGUAUUAAAGGUUUGCGAGUAGUCGAUGCCUCCAUUAUGCCAGUCAUUCCGGCCGGCCACACUAACUCGAUGGUGUACAUGAUAGGCGAAAAAGCGUCAGACAUGAUAAAAGAAACUUGGCUUUAAAUGUUUUUUAAAUGAAUGUCAAAGUUGAAAAGAAACUUAUAACAACGAGAGUUAUAUUAAUGUCUUAAAAUUAUAUACAGGAAGAUCGACUAAGUGUGUCUGACGUAAUAUCUUUAAAAAUACAAGUGUUUUAACACAAUUUUUUUUAAAUAAUUAUGGAUCUUUGAUGAGCAGUUGCCCAAGAAAAAUUAAAUUUCUAUCAUCAUCCUUUAUACUUAUAACUUUUAUAAACUUCAGACUUUCAAAUGGCAACCCCAUAUUAUUUUUAUACAUUUUUUUUGUUUGUCAUAAAAAAAAAAAAUAAUGUUUGCAAAAAAAAUUGAAAAUUAUGAAUUUUAAACAAGAUACACUACUUUAACAUUAACGAUAUUUGAUAAAAAAUUGCAGUAGUUUUUCCAACACGGUCACAUUUUUAUUUUAUGUAGCGAUAAGAGCUACCGGUUUACUGUCAAAGCACGUAGUCAGAAUAACUAAGGAAAGCUUAGUAUGUUUAUUUAUAAAACUGGUAGUGCUUAUUGAUUUACGACCUAUAACGUUCGAGACUGUUAUAAUAUUUUUUAAUAAACCUUAAACUUUAGAGAGCCGUGGAGCGAUUAAUAUUAAAUAAAAUAAAAUAUUUUUUU